AUGAAACGAGCCAACAGUUGGCUAUCUCGGAUGACAUAUCAAAAUCAUACCGGUUCAAUUUCGAGACAUACAGAUAAGGAUGAUUUAUUAGGAUGUGGACGAACGAUGAUGCACCCGUACUUUGCUACUUUUUAUCUAUUCUUGUUGACAGCAAUAGAGACGACUUAUACCAGCAGGAUAUCACCCAAAGAGGAGCCCGUUGUCCGCACCAAAUUAGGCAUUAUUCGUGGCAUACAGCAGCAAUUCGGUGAUACAUUUGUAAAUGCUUACCUCGGAAUUCCAUUUGCCCAACCACCUCUUGGUAGUCGAAGAUUUGCAUUACCCGAAAUGAUUAAACCCUGGCAAGGCGAAUUGGAAGCCCAGAAACCUGCCCGAACAUGUUACAUUACUCCAGACAACCAAUUCCCGCAAUUUCCUGGUGCCGAAAUGUGGAAUCCACCAAAUGUACACGAUGAGGAUUGUUUGGCGCUGAAUAUGUGGGUACCACAGAAACAUGACGGGAAAGUGAUGGUAUGGAUUUAUGGCGGUGGCUUCUAUUCUGGUUCACCAUCGUUGGAUCUUUACGAUGGACGAGUGCUUGCGAGUCGUCAAAAGACAAUUAUCGUUAACAUUAAUUACAGGCUAGGACCAUUUGGUUUUUUGUACUUUGGCGAUAAAUCAUCGAUACCUGGUAAUAUGGGCCUAAUGGAUCAGCAACUUGCUUUACGAUGGAUUUAUGAAAAUAUCGCCUCAUUUGGUGGUGAUCCAAAUAAGAUAACAUUGUUCGGAGAAAGCGCAGGUGCAGCAUCCGUAACGGCUCAUUUUUUCGCACCUGAAAGUUUUCGUUAUUUCCGAAGAGCAGUACUGAUGAGCGGUACGAUAGCCAAUUCAUGGGCCAUAAAAGAGAAGAAUAUGGCACUACAAACAUCCAUAUUUCUGGCUGAGAAAUUGAAUUGUACCUCUGGACAUAACAAACAUUCAGAUGUUAACUUGAUUGCAGAAUGCAUCAGACAAGCAUCUGCUGCAAAUAUACAGAAAGCAGCGGACGCUGUUGGGAUGGAUCAAACCCUACCAAUGACCUUCCCAUUUGUGCCUGUCGAAGAAGAUGAACAUUUUUUCAAGGGUAACUUAUUUACGAAAUUGCGAAUGCGCGAUUUCACGAAGAAUAUAAGCGUAUUGGUCGGUUCGAUGAAAGAUGAGGGCACAUACUGGUUGCCCUAUUACUUUCUCAAUCCUAAAAUGGGUUUCCAAUUCAAUCACACUAUAUCAGCUGAUGAUCCCACCAAUCGGGCCUUAAUUAAUAGAGCACAAUACACAUGUUCAAUCCAAUCAUUUAUCCCUUAUUUCGAUGGUUCCCAAUUAGUGAAGCAUGCAUUGCUGCACGCAUAUGAGGAGGUCAGUCUAACUGUUCAAUUUUUAUUGAACCGAUAA